CAUCAAGAAUUAAAUAAUUUCCUUCAUAAAAAAUUGGAUCCCUUAAAUUAUUAAAUACAAAUAUGGAAGAACAAGCUUGCCCACGUUGUAAGACAACAAAAUAUCGUAAUCCAUCAUUAAAAUUAAUGGUAAAUGUUUGUGGUCAUACAUUAUGUGAAAGUUGUGUCGAUUUACUUUUCUUGAAAGGUUCUGGUUCAUGUCCAGAAUGUCAAAUUGCAUUAAGGAGAGCUAAUUUUCGAGUUCAAUUAUAUGAAGAUGCAAUGGUAGAAAAGGAAGUAGAUAUUAGAAAAAGAAUAUUGCGUGACUUUAAUAAGAGAGAAGAAGAUUUUGAAACUCAAAGUGAAUAUGACAAUUAUUUAGAAGAAAUUGAAAAUGUUAUCUAUAAUUUAACUAAUAAUAUAGAUGUUAUUGAAACUAAUAAAAAAAUUGAACAAUAUAAAAAAGAAAAUAAAGAUCAGAUAAUUAAAAAUAAGUCAAAGCUUGGUAAAAAAGAAAAUGAACUUGAAGAACUUCUUCAGCUUGAAAGAUUGGAACAAGAAGAAAGACGGCUAGAAUUUAUAAAAAAGGAACUUGAAAUAAAAAGGCAUAAGAUUAGAGAGAAAGAAGCACUUAUUGAUGAAUUAAUGUUUUCAGAGCAAGAUGCAAGAAAUAUAAUUCAAUUAUUUGCUUCAUCAAUUCAUGCUUCUGAAGAUGAGAUUAAGUUUGCACCCAAACCUACAACUUUCAGUACAGGUAUUAAAUUUGGGCAACAAAAUAAUACAUGUUAUUUGUCUGUACCAAAAAUCGAUGAAGGACCAAUAUAUCAUUAUAUUCCUAUUACUCAAGAAAUUGAAGGACCUAUUCCCCCUGUAUGGGGAGAACUUAAAAUACAAGGCUAUAUUAGUCAUGUACGUGCUGCAAGUGAAGGAGAAAGAGCUGGUGGGUUUGGUUCUAAUAUUGCCUGUUUAAGGGCUUUGCAAGAAGCUAUGGCUGGUUUAUAUCAUGAUUCUUCAAAACAAUUAUUGGAAAUUUUAACAAUAACAUAAUUAGAAAUAUCUAUAUUAAAUA